GCUGCGACUCCACCAAGCCAAUGGCUCAGCCUGAGGACAGGAUCAUCGCCGGCGUCUUCAUCGGCAUCGUGGCCUCCCUGCUCGUGUCCAUCAUCGUGUGCAGCCUGUGCCGGGGCCACCGCAACGGCACCGCGGCGGCCGCCCGGGCGCGGCCACUGCCGGAGCGUGGUACAGUCACCACUACCGUGCGCAUCGACCAGCGGCAGCUUCGCCAGGCCUGCGCCGCCGGCGCGACGGCCGGGCUCCCGGCGUUCACGUACAGCCUGUCGGUGAAGCACAACGUGACGGGCGGAGGGGAGGAGGCGGCGACGUGCUCGGUGUGCCUCGGUGCGCUGCAGCUAGGAGACAGGGUGCGGCUGCUGCCGGCGUGCCUGCACGUGUACCACGCGGAGUGCAUCGACCCGUGGCUGGGCGCGCACUCGACGUGCCCGAUCUGCCGCUCCGACACUGACCCGGCCACGGGCGUUGGCCGGCUACCACCUGCUUAGGCUUUUGCGUGGCGAGGGACGAGCAUAGUACGUACUGCUUUACAGGUUCACACUGAAUAGCUGUCACGGUGACGAGUGUAACAUUGUUGCAUUCAUUUAUUUGCUUCCUACGCAUUUGAAAAUUAAGUAAACUUUAGUAUCUAAGCGACUGGGCAG